AUGACAGCUGAUAAUGGCAAGAGAAAUUCAUCUGAGGGAAACGACGGUACUUUCAAAAGGACAAAAACAGAGCACCAUAAAAAAAAGGAACUAAUAAUUAAUGCGUUCUUGAUGGGAUCUGCCGGUAACCAGACAAUUGGUAACUGGAGACAUCCUAAGGAUAAAUCCACUGAGCUUUAUCAAAACCCUGAAUAUUGGACUGAUUUGGCCAAACUAUUAGAGAGAGGUAAAUUCAACACAGUUUUUCUUGCAGACGUACUAGGCCCAUACGAUGUUUAUCAGGGUGGAAAAAACUUUGGACCAGUUGCAAAGACAGGCGCCCAGUGGCCUAUUUCAGAUCCUAGUUACUUCAUUCCAUUGAUGGCUUAUGUGACGUCAAAACUGGCAUUCGGUAUAACGAUCUCAACAAUAAGCGAACAGCCCUAUCAUUUAGCUAGAAGAUUGGGAACUUUGGAUCUCAUCACCAAUGGACGUGUUGGCUGGAACAUUGUUACUUCUUACUUGGACAGUGCAUCUAGGAACUUGCUAAAUGGAGAGAAUUUACCUGGAAACAAAGAGCGUUAUGAGCGAGCAGAGGAAUACGUGGACGUUGUCUUAGAAUUGUUCCUGAGUUCUUGGCAGGAUGGUGCUGUGAAAUUGGACAGAGAAAACGGUGUCUUCACUGAUCCAAACGGACUAAGACAUAUUAAUCACGUAGGUGCAUAUUUUAACGUGCCAGGUCCCGCAAUUACUCCACCAAGUCAACAAAAACUUCCAGUCAUCAUACAGGCAGGAACCUCUUCUCGUGGCAAGGAAUUGGCUGCGAGAAAUGCUGAGAUCAUUUUCUUGGCAUCGCUAACUCCAGAGGAUCUAGGAAAAUCCAUCAGAGAUAUCAAAAAUAUUGCAGAGACCAAGUAUGGAAGAGAUGUUUCAAAAAUAAAGUUUAUCGCGUUGGUCACAGUUAUCCUCGGUGACACCCAUGAGGAAGCGGAGAAUAAAUAUUUGGAAUAUCUGCAAUAUUCUGAUGAAGAAGGUGCAAAGGCAAUGUUUUCCGGCUGGACUGGGGUUGACAUUGAUAAAUUUGGAGACGAUGAAGUCCUGACAAACGUUGAGCACGUUGCAAUUGCCUCUGCAGUGAAAAAAUGGCAAAAUGCCUACCCAAGAAUUGAAAAAUGGACCAAAAAGGCCAUUGUUCAAGAGAUUAAAGUGGGUGGUAGCGGUCCUCUUAUUAUUGGUACCGCUGAAGAGGUGGCAGAUACUAUACAGCAGUGGGUUGAUAUAUCAGAUAUUGAUGGUUUUAACUUCGCCUACACUGUUCUACCACAGACGUAUGAAGAAAUCGUUGAUAAGCUUCUUCCUGAGUUGAGGAAGUGGGGCCUCGCAAGAAGAGACUAUCCCGAUGGCGAUGGAACAAGUGAAAUUUUGACUUUCAGAGAGCAACUUUUUGGACAGAAAACCGUAGAUAUUACUCACCCAGCCCACGACUUGAACUGGACAGCUGAAGAAUCCAGAAAAGAAUUUGAAAACCGUUUGAGAAACAUCGAAUCUUUAGAAAAAUAA